GGAGAAAGUUCGCGAAUCUCGGAUCUUCUUUUUCUCGUCAAAGGAAUUUUAUCCGCGCGCGUUUGAUAACACAUCCAAACACCUUCCAUUGUUGUUGUGUUUGUUGUUGUUGCCGUUGUUGUUCUGUUUGUUGUUGUUUUCAUUAGUGUUAUUGUUUAUCGUAUAAAAGAAUGUCAAUGGAGGAGGUACAAAAGGAGGAUGCAUCCGUACCUGUUACACAAGCUGUUGAUACAAUAAGCCCAGUAAAACAUGACCUUGAAGAUAAACCUGAGAGCGAUGCAAAGAGAGUGAAGGCCGAUGAAGCUGAGCCGGAGACUUCAGAGAAGCCAACUGAGGCAACAAAGGAUGAGGCUGCUGAGGUGCCACCGGCAGUGGAUACCGAUGAGCCUGUCAGCAAUACCACGGAGACAGGCGCCGCAACUUCUGAGGUUGCCACUGAAACUGCUGAGUCUAAGACUGAGCAAGACGGUUCCGCAAGUGUUGAGAAGCCAAAACAGGAAGACGCGGUGGCAAAUGCCCCUGCUGUUGAAUCGAUGGAACCUGCGCCAAAGCCUCCCUCUGAACCAGAUAUGAAUAACCUCCCACAAGAUCCUAUUCCAAAACAUCAACAGAGCUAUGCCGUUCGUGUGGUGAAGAUUGUGAAAAGAAUGAAAGAUGCUUCUCCCUUCCUGCUGCCUGUCGAUAUCGUAAAGCUCAACAUCCCAUUGUAUUAUAAUUUCAUCAAGAGACCAAUGGAUCUCUCGACCAUUGAAAAGAAACUUACGUUAAAUGCCUACGCAGAUGUGAAAGAUUUUGUUGACGAUUUUAACCUCAUGGUUGACAACUGUGCUCGUUUCAACGGUGCCGAUUCAGUGAUAGCUCAGAUGGCCAGAAACAUACAGGCAAGUUUUGAAAAGCACAUGCUGAACAUGCCACCUAGAGAUGCAGCUCUCGCUGGGAAGGCUAAUGGUGCUCGCAGAAAAGCCAGCUCUACUCCAGGCGAAUUGAAUAGCGAAGGAGUGCCAACUAUCAGAAGAGAUUCCGUUGCCAAUGGAAGACCUAAGAGGGAGAUUCAUCCACCAAAGACAAAAGAUCUGCCAUAUGACGUGAGACCUAGAAAGAAAAAAUUCGUUGCCGAGCUAAGGUUCUCUCAACAAGUGUUGAAAGAGUUGACGUCGAAAAAGUACGAAUCUUUUAACUUUCCAUUCUUGGAACCUGUUGAUCCCGUCGCUCUUAAUUGCCCAACCUACUUUGACUAUGUCAAGGAACCGAUGGAUUUCUCGACAAUUCAAAAUAAGCUCAAUAACAACCAGUACGAAAACGCAGAUGAAUUCGAACAUGAUGUACGUCUUGUUUUCAAGAAUUGUUAUGUGUUUAACCCAGAAGGCACUGCUGUGAACAUGAUGGGACACAGACUGGAGGCCAUAUUUGAUAAGAGAUGGAUUGAUAGACCAGUUCCAGCUCCUACUCCAAGCCAUUCUGAAGAAGAGUACGAGUCAGAAGCACCUUCAGAGGAAGAGGAGAUUGAUGAAUCGAGCAUCACGAACCCAGCCAUACAGUUCCUUGAAGAACAGAUUCAAAGAAUGAAACAACAGUUGGACAAGCUGAAAAAAGAUGAACUGGAGAGGCUCAGAAAAGAGAGACCAAAAAAGAAGAAGACAAAGGCUAAACAAAAGAAGAAGAGAAGAGUCAGUACAGCUGCCCAGGAAAUGGUUCUUACUUAUGAUAUGAAGAAGGAGCUUAGUGAAAAGAUUAGCGAGUUGCCAGAAAAGAAACUCAACCAAGUUUUAGCGAUCAUCUCCGAAGCUAUGAAUAUCAAUAAUCAGAACGGUGAGGAGAUUGAGCUUGAUAUGGAUCAACUCGAUAACACUACCCUCACGAAGCUGUACAACCUCGUUGUCAAGAAGAAACCAACGAGCAACGGCCACCGUCGUUCUGCGUCGGCAUCUAUCGCUAAAAAGACCAAAAAGGGUAAGAACUUGUCAGAAGCUGAGCAAUCCCGUCAAAUUGAAGACUUGAAGAAAAAGAUUGAGCUGUUGGAUCAAGGUUCAACACCAGUUAACUCUAGCUUUGCUACUGGUAAUGCAAACGAUUCGGAUAACUCUGACGAUGAUGUGAGCUCUGAGAGCUCUGAGGAGGAGUAAUUGCAAUGAGAAUGAAAGAAACAGAACUAAUGUGGGUCUAUAUGAAAUACAUGUUUCCAUAUAUUUCCCACAUGCACAUAUACAUACAGACUAUUACCUUUGUUUUAUUUUCUUUAGCACAGCCAUCUCAAUUAUGCUAUGCUGCUCUUCUCGUUCUUCCCUGUUUCUAAUCUUCCCUUGACACUAUCUACCUCUUUAUACCCUCGUUAAACCUUCCAAUCUUUGUUAUUUGACAUGAGUUCCUCUUUGUAUAUAGAAAAUCAAAAAAAUAAACAGCGGGCGCAGCCAGGUUUUGGUGUUUGGGUUA